AGAUAACGUAAAGAAAACAAAUAUGGCUGUGGCUGAUCGAAAUACUUCAUACGGUGUAGAACGCGAGUACCGGAUAGCUUUGAUAGGACGAACAGGGAAUGGUAAAAGUGCAACCGGAAACAACAUUCUUGGUAAGAAAGCCUUUAAGUCUAAACUGUCCGGGUCCUCAGUGACAAAUAGAUGUGAAUUCCAAACAGCGGAGCGCUUUGGCAAGAAGUUGGUAGUAGUGGACACUCCGGGACUGUUUGACACGACACUAACCAACGAAGUUGUCACAAAAGAAAUCGUUAAAUGCAUAGCAAUUCUCACUCCCGGACCACACGCCUUUAUUCUUGUUGUUUCAGUAGGGCGCAUCACACCAGAAGAGCAGAACACAAUCACCCACUUCAGCCGAAUCUUUGGUGAAGAAUUCUUCAGGUACCUGAUAGUACUAUUUACACGACGAGAUGAAUUAGAAAACGAUGGUGUGACCAUUCAAGAGUAUGUCAACGAGGUUCCAGAGGAACUGAAAAAUAUUCUACGGAGAUGCGGUCACAAAUAUUUAGCGUUUGAUAACUCUCCUCGUGGUAAGAAAACUGACUUUGACGUACUCGAACUGAUGAGGAUGGUACAAACUAUCAUUAAUGAGACAGGAAAAUCUUACUUCUCGAAUGAUGUUUUUGAGCGAUCAGAACUGGAAUUUCAGCGAAGAGCAAAGGAGAUCCGACUUAAAGGAGAAGAGAAGAUUGCGCUGCAACAGAAGAAGGUAGAGGAAGAGAUGGAAGCCCAAAAGAGAAAACUUGAAGCAAAGAAAAGGGAAAUAGAAGCCAAAAGACAGGAAAUUCAGGCACAGGAACUGGAAAAUCUAACGAUGGAAAAAUCCUUGAAACAUGAAGAAACUCUUCGAAAAAAAGAGGCAAUGAGAAAAGAAAUGGAAGCAGAAAAAAAAGAAAUGGAAGAAAGUGAAAUUGAAAAUGCCAAAUUCGAACGGAAGAAGAAACUCGAAUUAGAGGAAAUGGAACGAAAACACCGAGAGGACACUGAAAACAUGCGUGACAACGUCCGAAAAGAAUACGAACGUGAAGAUAAGAAUGUCUUGGACAAAUUAGUAGAUGUAGCAAAGUCAACGCUGUCAACUAUAGGGGAGAAACUAAUUGGAUGGCUAUUUUGAAGAAUCAAACGAACAUCAUUCUAGUUACAGGAUAUUGUUGCUUUAGAGUACUAGCAUCUUCAACAUGAAAAAGGAAAGGUCGAGAAGAAAAAGGAAUUAGCUUAUAAUGAGUAUCUCCUUUUUAAACUCCCUUUUGCUUAUAGCGGCGUGUUUAUGUAUACAAUGGCCAACCUAAACACUAAAACAGAUUUACCUGCCUGAACUACAACAUAACUACAACAUAACUAACUUUUACAAAAACAAAAACAAAAUAUUUAUAUGCUGUUGUAAAUGAUAAUAUUCUUCAUUAUACUAUCAGAUUGAAUGUGAUAUUGUUUUGAGAUUUUCCUCAUUAUACCUCAUAGGCAUAUCCAGGGUGGAGAUGGCGGAUCCGGACCCCGAUUUCCAACAUACAAAACGCAUAUUUCUAUCAUAUGAAAUUUGUUUUAAAUUUACCAUGUUUUCAUUGGAACUUUUGUGAAUGCUAAAUAUUAAAAGCACAAUAUUAAAAUGACGCGCUGUUGCAUCGACACACCAGGAUUUUGUCGCUUUUGCUCAAUUCAAAAAGUUUCAUAUAUUUUACAAAACGGUGUUUUAUCGCAGAGACGAAGCGGAAAGGACAGUGUUACUUUUGAAAAAAAUAAUAUACAACAGUUUCGCUGACUGAAAUGAGUGACGAAUGUGAAAGCGCAGAAACCCCAUACAUUUUAGGGUUCUUCAUUUGGAUUUUUUUUAUUUUUUCUCCCAGAUGUGGCGAGAUUUUGUGGGCGAUACUUCGGACAAUAGACUGGACGUUUGCACCUGUUCUUAAUUCGGAUAGUCUAUUACGUACUCAUUUUAAUUUUUGUUUCUAAAUAAUAUGUGUUUGUACUAAUUUCAAGAUUGCUGAAGUGCUUGCAAUGCUUAUUAAAAUGGGUUGUAUACAG